AACGUGAGCAGCACAUAAUGUGUAGGAAGGUGAUAGUGCGCGCGCUACUGCUGAGCUUUGUACACACUGCUUAGACCAGCUCAUCUCUUUAAAGAACUUUGUCUCUGAACUGUAUUAUCCAUAUUGAAGCACAGAAGCCGUGUGAGUCAUUCAGUGCGAGGAGUGGUGAAGGCAUGACUCUCCGUCUGACUGCGCCUUCAGGGUGAUAGUGACCGCAGCGCCGGCCUCGUUUUGUGAUCAAAACCUUCGUUUAGUGAAUACUGUUUCACCUCGUUUACAUGACUGUGGAGUCGCUCAGCCUGUAAUGUCAAUGUCUGCACGGCACGAUGCGGCUAUCAUUUCCUCAAGCUUUCGUAGGCCUACCGAGCCGUAAGGAAGUCAGAAAAAUAACUUUGUACGCCGUGUUGUGCUGCAUGCUAGUGGCUCUGAUGCACCUCACUUCUGUGAAGGUGCAACACAACUUGCAACAGAGUGCAGCACUCAUUAGUGAGUGGGCAGCAGCGGAACACAGAAACACCAGUGAUUUUGAAGGAGGCGAGAAUGACUCUCACCUGGUCGCACCCUCAGUCUACCCUGAAAUAGUAGAGAUUAUUAACAGUGCAAAUAAGAAAGAUGUUCCAGCCAUUCUUGUCGCAAAUAAGACGUCAGUUUCCCAGGAAGCUGCCGCUGUGCUCUCUACACAGUACUGUAAGGAUAAGGUCAUCAAACUGAGUUCCAACUGGACUGAGGAGAAGAGUGCCCUGGAGCGAGAGGUGCUACUUGAGAGGAGGCGGCGGGUGUCGGAAGUGUGUCGACUGGUGAGGAACAAAGAACUACCUGUUCCUGACCUGGAGCGCGUCUACGAUAAUAUGAUCUUCGCGGCCAAACAUUCCUUCAUCUGGUGCCCUAUAUUCAAGGCAGCCUCGACCACUUGGAUGAAGCACUUGCUGCAGCUGUCUGGGAAGAACAAGACCAUCCCUGGUUCCCAUCGUAGCGCCCGUCGGAUGUACAGGCAGCCGCGGGACCCAGCCCUCAGGGAACACCUCCUCAGGAACGCCUUGAAGAUGAUUAUUGUAAGGCACCCGCUAGAGCGUCUCCUCUCGGCAUAUCGAGACAAGAUGCUGAGAGUAAAAAGUCCAAAUCACCGAUUCGAGGAGCUCCAACGACACAUCGCUCAGCGGUAUCCCGACUCCAGCAUCUCCCUCAAUACUUCCUUCAAUGUAAACAACGCGACCAAGCCCACCUUCACGCAGUUCCUCAAGAAGGUGAUAUACGACCUAAAGCAAGCCUGGAAAUCAGGUGGUAAGAAAAGCAUUAACAUGCACUGGCGGCCAUAUUGGCUGACCUGCGCCCCGUGUCAGGUGAGUUAUGACGUCAUCGCCCAGGUGGAGACACUGGACCUGGACCAGGAGUACGUCAUCCGUCAGCUGGGCCUCCAAGACCAGCUGUUCAAACUCCAUACUCAUGCAUCCAACUUCGAUGUGUUCAACGGAACCAGAGAUGCGGUCCAGCACUACUACAGUCAGGUGCCAUUGACUCUUCUGAACGAGGUCGUUCAGUACUAUAAGCAAGACUUCGAUCUCUUUGGGUACUCUCCCGACCCUUACUACCUCUAAUGGAGAUUUU